AUGACUAGUGAAGUCUACCGUUAUGGCAGAGCCAGGAGCCUCAUUCUGGAGCCAGGCAUGGGAAUUUUUGGAUCGGGCUGCAAAGCUGGAAACCCUGUUGGCUCACCGGGGAGGCGAGGGGAGUGCUACAGCUUCCCCCACUAUGAGCAAGAGAUGCAGACAGGGUGCGAACAUGCUGCAUCCAGGCUCAACAUCCUCUGGCCCGAGCUACCAAUCUUCUCGAAGAACCCCACACUGCCAUCCAAAGCAGACAGUUUCCAGUCUUCCUCGAUGGAGAGAGCUUAUAGUGCAUUAGCAGUGGCUGUGAGAGAUCUUAUCGUGUCCUCCAUGCUCUCUGUGUACCAAGCUGAACUGUGUGAGGACAUGGCCACCAAGCUGGACCCGGACACGUGGGAAGAAAUCAGCGUUGCAUGGAGUGUGGCGGUGACAACAGAGUGUGUUGGGGCCUUGCACCCCUGGCGCCACACAGGCUUCUUAAAACAGGGUAUGCCGCUAGGUUCGUUGGUCUCACAGAAGGUUAUCACCUCGGACGCGACCCUGUCAGGAUGGGGAGGAAUCCACGAGGGCCGUUAUGCAAGAGCUCUUGAAGCAAUUGCCUCUCCUGGCUCAGAGGAGGAAGAGGACGAUGAUGGCUAUGCUGUGCGGGUGGUUGUCCCCUGGGUUGAAGAGGCUGAUGUGGUUGAAGCAGCAGUGGUGCCAUCAGCUAGUGACUCGAGUUCUACUAGGGCUUUGUCAUUUUUCUCCAAGAUGCAGUUGGCUAAUUUAGCGGAAUCUGAUGUCUCAGAAGAAGAUAAGAUCAAAGUAAUGAUGAAUCAGUCAAGCUGUGAUAUGAUGAAGAUGAACUCCAAGCUGUGCCCUGUCCUACCAGAGAACUAUGCCUGUUAUCGCUGUGGAACCACUGGACACCAUAUCAGAAACUGUCCAGUUAGUGUGGAUAAGAAUUUUGAAGCUCCUCCAAGGAUAAAGAAAAGCACUGGAAUCCCCCGUUCCUUCAUGGUUGAGGUGGACGAUCCCAAUAUCAAAGGAGUCAUGCUGACCAGUUGCGGCCGUUAUGCAAUUCCUGCCAUAGAUGCUGAGGCAUAUGCUGUUGGUAAGAAGGAGAAGCCUCCUUUCCUUCCACAAGAGCAACCUAAAUGUGAAGAAAAGGAGGAGCCUCUACCUGAUGAACUGCUAUGUUUGAUAUGCCGCGACCUGCUUUGUGACGCUGUGGUCAUACCCUGUUGUGCAAACAGCUACUGUGACGAUUGUAUCCGAACAUCCUUGCUUGAGUCAGAGAACCAUUUAUGCCCUACAUGUGGCCAAUCAGACGUCUCCCCUGACACCUUGAUAGCCAAUAAAUUCCUUAGACAGGCUGUUAACAAUUUUAAAAAAGAAAGGAGCUGCAGCAAAGGCCAGAUAAAUACGUGUGUCACAUCACAGUCUCAGAAUACAACAUCAAAACCAAACCCUGUCCCCAUUGCAACCCCGUCCAGUGUACAGAACAAGAUCAAGAAACCUCUCCAGUCACCCUGCACAGAGCAGGAGUCUCCUGAGAACAAGCCAAAGUUGGAAAAAUCACCACCGUCAUCACAAAGUAUUGAUUGCUCUCCUACAAUUCCAGAAUCUACUCCUUUUGAAACCUCCUCUGAGAAGCCAUCAUCCCAGACUGAACAGAGCCAGGCCAUGAUAACCAACAGUGAGAAAUUAGAAACGACUGAAGAUAAGUCUGAGGCCAUCGCUCCGUCUGACCUCGUUUCAGGCGAAAGUUCUCCUGUUGCUCCACCUGAGCUGAUUCCACAGAAAAAAUCUGCAGGAGGGACAGAACAGCUUCAGCCUGUCUAUUCAGCCACAAGACUCUCUGGAUCAUCAACCUCCAGGGACAGUACCUGCUCCAUUUCCAAUUACCCUGCUGGAAGCUUGACUGAAUCUAGCUUAGAGCAGCGUAAAACCUCCACCUCUUCCUCAUCAUACACUUCAUUACCAGCCACACCUUCCCCUCUCUUUCCCUCCCCUCCGUUCCACACAUUUGUUCCAACCCACCAUCCUCUCACCAGUUACCUCCCUGGAUACCCACCAACCACACCUGCCUGGAAGCUUCCAAUCCCACCUGGAACGCCAAUCCCGUCCCUCUGCUCCUCCUCUCCCACACCCUCAAUCCCUGUUUUGAUCUCCGAGGAGUGGUACAGGUUACAAAGAAAUAAAAAGGAAAGGUCACCACACAAACGGUCUGUUCCUCACUCUGCUUCAAAGUCCUCCAAAUCUAAAUCUUCCCGCUCCUACUCUGGAUCAUCCAGUCGCUCUGGAUCCCGCUCCAGAUCAAGACAUUGCUCUCCUUUCUCCAAUCAAAAGGCUUUCCACAACCACUCUAACCCUUCCAGGUCCUUUGGGUACAAACGGCCUCGUUCUCCCACUCCGUCCUCAUCUUCUUCACCUCCAAGUAGUUCCAACUGUAGAUCCAAGUCGUCCUCAGACCACAGCCGGAUGAGCCACCACCACAGCAAGAGGUCAGCCUUGAGCAGCCAUGGCUCAAAGAGACGAGGGGAGCGCUCAUCCAGGGAGAAGAGAAAAUCCUUAGGUUCUAAGGCUUUGAAUGAUAGAAGAUGCCUGGAGCUGGAGAGGCAGCACUACCUUCUGUGGAAGAGGGAGUACCAAGAAUGGUACAAUAAAUAUAUCAGUAGCUAUAUUAGCCAGUUUCACCAGCUGCCUUUCCCUCCUCCUCCUCCACCACCAUAUACUCAAGACUCUUACUACCUAAAACAAGAAGGAGACGCAGUCAGGAAGGGAGACCGCUCUCCUACAUCUGAGGACUCAAGUCGUUCCCCUCCAUCUCAUUCUUCAAAUGAUCAUCAUUCCCCAAUACGUCAUCCCUCAGGUGACAGCUGCUCCUCUAAAGCCCACGACUGCCAUUCUUCACCCGCUCAUUCUUCCAAUGACCAACCUUCCAUGUCAUUAGAAAUUGAAGUUCAACCUAAGGAUCAUUUGGAGGAGGGAAAUGAGAAGAAUAGGAAUCUGACACAUUCUCCACCAAAAAGCAGUGAGAAAGUAAAUCUACAAGAAACCAUAACAGGUGACAAUCUACAAACAAAGAAGAAGGAUGAAGACUGUAGCGCUUUCAAAAAACAACCAAAGAAGAAAAAAUCUGAGAAAUCUCCCUCGCCUGAUUCUUCUGGUUCCAUCAACGUUCUCAGACAGGACAAGAGGCGGCGCAUCACUGAACCAAGCAGCUGCAAGGAUGAUCCAAAAGUAAAGCACACAUCAGUUAAACCUCUUCUGAAACCAGACGAAUGUUUAGACAAAGUAAAGGACAAACGCAAAGAGGAAACUAACUUGAAAAGAGAGCGAGGGUCAAAAAAAGUUAAAAGCAGUGAGAAAAAACACAAAGUUCAACCCAUCACAGACACGGAUAGGUUAGACACCAAAGUACAUCCAUACCCUGAAGGCAGCAAGACUCACGACUCAAAAUCAGAGCGGGACAGAAAGAGAAAAAAACAGGAUGAAGAGAGAAAUAGUAAAGACAGGGAUAUUCUUAGUAAGACUAAAAGUGGCAAAUGCCUCCAACCUAAAUCUGCAGAAAAGCCCAAAAGUGUUCAACGUGAAUCACUAAAGCCGUCUGGCAGAGGAACCCAAAGCACUAAGAAAGAGAGCCCAGCAGCACCUCUGACUAAACAAGACAUCUGGGAAGGAGGGGUGAAGAUGAUUUCUCAGAAGAAGAUAAGCAUCAAUAUCAACUUGGAUGGGAAAAAGAAGGACGACAAGAUUGAAGAGGGCUCUUCCAGUCUGGGAAUCUGUACUGAGGAAGGAGCAGAGUCUGCUUUUACAGAAGAGAAGUUGGAGAAAGAAAAUAAAAAAACUGAAGUUAAUGAAAUAGAAGAACCAAACUCUGGACCUUUGUUACUGGAGAGGCCAUCUCUCUUCCAAGAGAUCAGAGAGUCUGAUAUAAAUGCUGUUGACACGGAGAUAGAAAUCCCUAGAAAGGAUAGAGAGGACCAGAGAGAGGAGGGGGACAUGGAUUUAUGGCACUGUGCUCUAAAAGAACUGGAGGACAGUAAGGAGACAACAGGAAAGGAAGAAGAGGCGGUGAGAGAAGAUGAUGGCUGCAGAGGUCCCAAACUGCUCCUCACACAAGUAGACAGAGGAAGUGUUGGCAGAGAAAACAAAGAUGGAGCACAGAAAGAAGAGGCAGAUAGUUUAAGCUCACAGAGAAGCAAAACAAAAAAACCUCUUGAUGAACAAAAUGACACAUCAGAACACAGCAGCGUUUAUGGAUGGAGACAGGAGAGGACAGCAAGGGGAAAGCUACUGGAGGAAGAACCAAAUGCCUGUGCAGAAGUGACACAACAUGAGCCUACACUGGUACCUCGCAUCAAGUGGGAGAAAAAGGAAAAAGACUCGGAUAAAAGCGAAAAGAGAGCAGGACAGCCACCAGAGACAAGGACAGACUCUGAGUCAGUAGGAGACAAUAAACAGAAGGGUCUCAGAUCAACAGAGAGAGGGAGAGACGGGAUCAGAGUGACAGUGGAAGGCAGGGGCCAGGAGAAAAGGAAAAACUCUGCUUCUUCUGGGCGCUUUUCUGCUGUGGCGCCCUCUGGUGGCAGUGAGCAAGAAAGGGACAAAGGGAGAAUAAAAGAGCAGGAAAGACGAGAGCAGGAGAUUUCAAAGCAAAGACUGAAGGACGAGGAAAGGAAGAGAGACCCAGAAGUCCUGUUGUCAAAGAGAAAUAUGUCUUCAUCUCACUCUUCUUCUCAUUUCUCAGUUUCAAAAGAUGGAGAGAGGAAAGACCUUUCAAGAGAAAGUGUCCAGAGUUAUUUUCACAGCAGAACAUCCUCCAGAUCGACCUUUAUGCCUGAUCAACAUUCAGCCAAAAGACACAGAGAAGAAUUCCUGGACUUUGAGAGCAAAGACAAAAACUCUCUCUUUGACUACAAUUAUCACUAUCCUACAGGAGACUACAGUUACAAAGACCAACCCUCAGGGGCUCAGCACUCUCCUCCUGCUUACAGCCACCACAGGGAUAGGGGCACACACUCCUAUGGGCCUCCUGCAGGCUCUUACAGAAGCUUUACCGACUGGGAAUUAAUGCAAAGCAAAAGCAGGGAUGAGAGCAGGGUACAGAAAGAGAAGCCAGGGAAGGAGAAGAAUGCUUUAGAUCGCAACAGGGAGAGAGAAAAUCCAGAGGCGGUGGGUGGCCGAGGAGGCGGGAGCUGGAAGGAGGAAAACCCCCAAAGAUUGGAGGAACGACGUCGAUCCAGCAGCAGUAGCAGCAGCAGCGUCCGUUCAUCAGCAAGCCGCCGAAGCAGCAGGGAUUAACAGAGAGAAGGAAAAAAAAGUGCACACAUUAAAGAUGAGAGCAGGGAAGAGUAUCUGCUUUUACAUUUUCUCACUAUGAGAAAGAAUACUUGAAUGUUUUGCUUUCCCGACCAACAAGGUGCCUGGAUUAAUUCCAAUUAUUUAUUUUUAUUUUUUUUUAUAACCAGGGUACAUUCUGUAUUACUUUAAGAUCUGUCUUAUCCGACAUGCAGCGACCCAAACGCUCACAGACAAAUUGUCAAAAAUAAGCACUUUAAAUACAAAAAAAUCUGCUUGCGAAAUGAAAUGUCAGAAUGUUUGUGAGCAAUUCUAAGUUACUUGAAUUUGCACAUGCUGACACCCAACAGCAGCUACCUUAUGUCUGUAGAGAAGCUGUACUGUUACACCUGAAGAGAGUGAGAUCUUCCUCUCUGACAGGAAACGAGUGAGAAAUUUAAUUUGCCUCACACAGGGGGGCUGGUAGUGAACAGGGGGGAGCUGUGAUUAAUUUAAUACGGAUACUGUGAAUAUUUAUGAUUUUCACCCUCUGUGUUUUUGUUUUUCUUUUUAAUUUUGUAAAUGUUUAAGGCUGCUGUUUAAUUGGUUUAAUUAAUUUAGAAGAGUAAGGUCCUUUUCAUGAAUGGAGAAAAUAAAGGGAACUU